AUGAGGAGAGAUCAGAGAAGUCCAAAACAGGAUCCAAUUUUGAGUUCUCAAUAUGUUGUAUGCGAGGGAAGGUACAACUGCCGUUUUAAAGCACUUGAUCGGACACUUAGGAAUCUUAUGUCAGUUACCGAUCAACAUAAGACACAUCAACCAUUUGGUGGUAAGAUUGUUGUUCUAGGAGCUGAUUUCAGACAGAUACUUCCGGUGAUUUCGAAAGGAAGUAGACACGAUAUAUUAGCAUCCGCUAUUAACUCGUCCCAUCUGUGGUCAUUUUGUAAGGUUCUGAAACUGCAUACGAAUAUGAGGCUUCUAAUGUCUUCUUCGGAUCAAGAUGAAGGUGAAAUGAAGAUAUUUGCUAAUUGGAUACUUGAUGUUGGAAAUGGAAAUAUUGGCUCUGUUGUUGGUGAUGAAUCAGAAGUUGAAAUUCCAGAUGAUCUAUUGAUUACAACUACUGAUGAUCUUCUCUCUCAUUUGAGCAAUUUUGCACCCACACUUAAGAGUGUCGAGAAGGUAAACAAUUUUGUCUUGACAAUCUUUCCAGGGAUGGAAAAGGAGUAUUUGAGCUCUGACACAACAUGUCAAACUGAUGAGAAUGAAGAUGUAAAACAAGAGUGGUUCACACCAGAGUUUCUAAAUGACAUCAAAUGUUUGGGACUACUCAAUCACAAGUUGACUUUGAAGUCAGGAGUCGCUAUAAUGCUACUGCGAAACAUAGACCAGACUUUAGGUUUAUGCAACGGGACAAGAUUAAUAGUUAACAAACUUGGCAGCAACGUAAUUGGAGCGACGGUAGUGACCGGUAGAAAUAUUGGAGAUAAAGUGUACAUUCCAAGAAUGAACUUGAUCCCUUCAGAUUUAGGAUUGCUAUUUAAGUUCCAACAGAGACAAUUUUCAAUAACAGUAUGCUUUGCAAUGACCAUUAACAUGAGUCAGGGUCAAUCAUUAUCACAUGUACGACUUUAUUUGCCAAAAUCAGUGUUCACCCAUGGACAACUUUAUGUUGCUUUGUCAAGAGUUAAGAGUCGCAGUGGCCUCAGGAUUUUAAUUCUAAACGAAUACGGCAAUCCAAAGUCAUCAACAACAAAUGUCGUGUUCAAAGAGGUUUUUAAUAAUAUUUAG